AUGUCAGCACCCGUCAAAGUCGCUCUCGUGACGGCCUCGUCGGCUGGUCUCGGCGCGGCCUGUGUCAAGGCGUUGGCACCGCACCUUCGCGUCGUCGUGAACUACUACUCGCGCCCGGAAAAGGCCGCGGAGGUUAUCCGGGAAGCGACCACCAUUCGUCCUUUUUAUGACCUGCCAGCGGACACACCCCGGUUUCUGGCCUUGCGGGCUGAUGCCAGCGACCGCGCGGGCAUCCAGCAGCUAGUUAGCGAGGCCGUCGACCGCAUGGGCCGCCUGGAUGUGGUCGUGAGCAACGCCGGGUGGACGCGCGUGACGGACUUUAUGGACCUCGAGGACCAGCUGCGCGAAGAGGAUUGGGACCGCUGCUACAACGCCAAUGUCAAGUCGCACCUUUGGCUCUUGCACGCGGCGAAGCCGUUCCUCGAACAAGCAGACGGCGGCGGCAGCCUCGUCGUCGUGGCCAGCCUCGCUGGCGUCCGCCCGAGCGGCAGCAGCGUGGCCUAUGCGGUCAGCAAGGCCGCGGCGAUCCACCUGACCAAGUGCCUGGCGCUCGUGUGCGGGCCCAAGGUGCGCUGCAACGCCGUGAGUCCGGGCCUGCUGAUGACGGAAUGGGGCCGGCGGUUUUCAGACGCCCAGAUCCAGCAGGCGACGGACAAGACGGCGCUGCGCCGGCUGGCGACGAUUGAGGACGUGGCCGACCAGGUCAAGACGCUGGCACUGAGUCAGUCGAUGACGGGGCAGAACGUCGUCGUGGACGGCGGGGUGGCCAUCUAG